CAUCGAGUACUUUGUCUGCCAUUGUUCGCUUAGAUAUCUCACGCACCGCUAAACUGGUUUGCCGCAAUAAUCUACGUAACAUACGUGAAAUUAUGUCAGGUUUGUGCUACGCCGCACACAUGUUAUCACAGAACGGAAACGGAAGUCAUCCACCGGAUGUUGACAGUGUGAUGCAUCACGGGAAGAUUUAAAGGCCGCGAAAAGAAGCUAGAAGUCUGUUGCUAUCCGGAGUAUUUUGUCAGAUUUCUUGUGAGAGUUGUUUACAAUGGCACCCAAGGAGAAAAGUGAAUAUGAAAAGCGCCGACUGAAAAACAUUGAAGACAACAAGGCAGUGCUGGCUAAGAUGAUGGCAGACCUGAAGGAAAUGAUGCCAGUUUCGCUCCAGUCUCCUCCUAAAAGAUCUCAUGUAAGUAAAGACCGUCGUCCAUCAGGAGGUCAGGUGAUGCGACGCAACCCGUCAAGACGUGCCAGGUACACUCCAAUGGACUACAGUCCUCCGCGCACGCGCCAUCGCAGGAGUUCUGUCAGCUCUAGUUGUCACAGCGGAAGCAGCAAUGCUUCUACACCAGUUCAAAGUCCUGGGAAACUAGUGGUGAAGUUUGGCGCUUUCUUCAACAAGAAGCGGAAGACUGAAGACAGCGAUGAUGAUGACAGUUACUCAGUGGAAUCAUGGGAAGAAGAAGAAGAAGAAGAGGAAGAAUACACUCGUCUUACUCCGUCCAAGAGAAAGCCACGUGCGCCAUCUGGUGUGAGGUACAUCAAACCAGCGGACGAAGUCACUGAGGAAGACCUAGAACUUGUGGCAACGCACGUUUCUGAGAAAAGAUACGACAGUGCUGAGGGGACCUCAUGUCAUCAAUGCAGGCAGAAGACCAGCGACAUGAAGACCUCAUGUAGAAGUAAAGAGUGUUUUGGGGUGCGGGGACAGUUCUGUGGCCCAUGUCUAAGGAAUAGGUACGGAGAGGAUGCCAAGGAAGCUCUUAAAAAUCCUGCUUGGAGCUGCCCUCCCUGUCGUGGAAUAUGCAACUGCAGUUUUUGCCGCAAGAAAAAUGGCCGUGGUGCAACUGGUAUUCUCAUCCACAUUGCCCGAGAGCAUGGUUUCCCUGAUGUGAACUCCUAUCUUAACAGUUUCAAGAAAAACUGAAGAAAGAGAGAGCAAUAUUGACCAGCAGUGGACAGCUAUAUUCUAGUGGGCAGUGUUGACCAGUUGUGGACAUUAAAUGGAGACACAGCAGAAAGCCACAGACGGAAGAGGAAAUUUUUCACCAUGGAUAUCAACCUUUCAUAAAUGACUAAUACAGUCCUUAAAAACUUAACAAAAACAGGAUAAAGAUUUCAGGGCAGGGAUAGGUGUAUGUGUACUGUCAGACUGUUAUGUCUGUGUUGGUGAGUGUGUGUGUGUAUGUG